UGGCGAAUGUGCGGCUGCGGCAGUCAGACAGACAAGAUGGCGGCGAAGGGCCACACGGUCUCGGCUCCGAGUUUCCUUUCCUUCAAACUCCAACCGCGCGGCCCCGGGACCCGCAGGAAGCGCCGCAACAAGAACAAGAAGAAAAAUUGGAGCAAAUUCAGCGAUGUCCGCGACGUGGAGGAUUUUCUGGAGGACGUGAGAUUCCAACAGCGAACAGUGGGGGGCCUCGUGUCCGAGAAGCCGGACAAGAACCUGUUCUUUGUUGACACCGGAGAGGUUGAUGUCGGGAAGGUUGAUUCCAAGGACGAAAAGAAAGAUCUGGUGUCAAACAAAAGGAAAUUGAAACCUUUGCGAAUAGACUUAAUUCUGCAGCCAGAUUCCAAGAUUCCUGCACCCAAAAAUAUCCUCGCACAUCAGAUUCCAAACAGCCGGAAGCUGCGACAGAAACAGGAAAAGGAAAAGCGUCUGGGAAUCGUCCCUCGCUCACAGCGCCUCCUGCAGGCCAGAGUGCGCAGCCCAGCCGUGAGAGUGAGACCAGUGGCCAACAAUAACCCAUCCAGAGAGUAUUACAGCCUGUGGUCGGACACCAACCCUCUGGAUGAGGAACUGGACGGCAAAGACGCCUGGUACUUGGAGCAGACCAAACAGAAACGGCUUGUGCGUCCGGCCAGACUCAACCAGAAACCUUCCCAGGUGUCAGCGGUGGAGGUCAUUGAUCCUGGUGGCUCCUAUAACCCAACGUUUGAAGCUCAUCAGGCUCUGCUGCUGAAGGCUCACGACGUGGAAGUGAAGAGACUGAAAGCCGAAGAGCGGAUCGAGCGGCAGCUAAACUUCCCGACCUUAGACAAACUCCCAACCAAGGAGAUGUUGUUUGAAGAGUUAUGUCAGGGACUGGUGGAGUCGGAGGAAGAGGAAGAUGAGCCAAGCAGGAAAUGUGACGAUGAGACGGAAGCUGGGCCGAUGGGCAGCGCUGUUCGUUGUGAAAAGAAAACGGAACGAGAUCGGAAAAGGGAGAAAGCCCUCAAAACACAGGAGCGGCGACUGCGAGAGGAGAAGCAGGCGCGGAGGCAGAGGCAGGAGCUGUUCCGGCUUCGCUCCAUCAAAGGAGAAGUGAAACAGGUGGAGCUCAGACGAGCGUCAAGCAAAGCCAAGCGACUGGCCAAGCGACAAGCAGAGGCUCAUAAGCCCCGCAGGCUGGGCAAGCUCCGAUACGAAGAACCAGACAUUGAGUUGAAGCUGAGCGACGAGUUGUCCGAUUCACUGCGGAAACUGAAGCCUGAGGGCAGUGUCCUGGCCGACAGGUUUAAGAGUUUACAGAAGAGGAAUUUAAUAGAACCCAGACAGAGAGCCAAGUUCAAGAGGAAAUAUCGGCUGAAAUAUGUUGAAAAGAGGACGUUUAGAGAGGUCACGUUGUAGCUCUUGUGCCAAGCCACCAACAAGCUUCCUGCAGCUGAACCUGGCUCGUCAAUACUGUUUGUGAAACAAUGAUUAUAUAGAGAUGUGGGUCAUGAAAUAUCUGAACAAAAUAAAACUCAUUGACUUGGAGUCAGAA